UGCUGGUUAAGUCGACUUUCACUUCAUGUCUUAAGUGAUAUAUUAUUAUGAAAUUGUCAAAGAUGUUUCAUGUGUGUUGUAACAUGAAAGUCAAAGUGCUUGAGCGUUGUUUUUAGGGAACAGGUGGUGUACAUGCUGCAUCUCCUGUGGCAGUCGUGGCCCACCACUGUUCUUAUUCUAUAUAUUUCACUUCAAAUAUUUCCAUCCUGUUUCCCUUCCCAGCCUCCCACUUCAACAUUCAACUUUGCCCACUUUGCCAGUUGCCACUUUUGUAUUCUGUGUUUUUAUUGUUAGUUGUGCGGUUGUCUGCUGGUGGUACGUCACUUGUUUGUUUAGUCAGUUAGUCGAAGAUAAUACAGAGUUUGGUCGGUGACGAAUUCGGUUGGUGCGUAACAGCACUACGUUUAGCUUGAUGGGAAUGCGGUUUGUGGCUGCACUGACUCAGAAUGCUCGUGUUUUUACCAGUGCCAAGUACCAAGUGCCAAAAUUUACAAAUCUGUGAAACCCACAAACUCCAAGACACUUAGUAGAGACCAUGUCUCAGAAGGUUCUUUUACUGUGGUGAGGAAAGAGGGAGAUGAGCUUAUAUGAUCCGUAUCAAGAGCUAGAGCUCUAUUUGGAACGUGCUAAAAACGAAAUAACCCAAGUUUUUGAAAAUGGAACACAUGAGCCUGCAAAAAAUCCAGUUCCCGAGGAGGAUAUUAUUAAAAACGAGAAUAAAACGGACUACGAGCUGGACCCUUUUCUUUUCCAAUUUAACGCGACCAUAAAGUCAGAUUUGUCCGAAUUGUUGUCAAGGUAUUCGGAAAAGCAAACUGGAAAUGAGGUCAAUUAUACCAGUGUCAAUAAUAUAGUCAACAGUAACACCGAUUACCUCAAUUCUAAUGUUGAAAAUUUAUCUAUUCUAAAUAAAGACAGUGAUUUAUGUAACCGCUAUGGCGAAGAGAAAAAAACUGUUAAUCAAGAUUCAUUGCUAGGUUCUAUUGCUAUUGGUGAUUACAGUCAUACAAAUGUGGCAACGCAAACAUCUCCUUCGCUCUCGCCAACUUCGACGAAUUUAACAUGGGCGUCCGAGUGUUCAUCAUCUCCUUGCUUAACUUGUAUGUCCGACAACGAUCUGAUCGAUGACGACUCCCAUUCAGCGUCGUCUGCUGAUGGCAAGGGACAACUGUCCACUUGGAGCUACAAACCGAAUUGGCAUCAGAUCCUAAGUACGAAGUCUUCUUCAGCACCUGUUUUGAAGAAGGUGCCCAUCAAGGUGAGCAAACAAUCCCGAUCACAGUCGGACCGACACCUGGCUGAAAUUGAAGCUGCGGAAGCAUGCAAAUGGUUGCGAGCGACGGGGUUUCCCCAGUAUGCCCAGAUGUACGAAGAUCUCCAGUUUCCCAUCGACCUUUCAACUGUUGCGCAAGAUCAUCCUCUUUUAGAACCUGACGUUUUGCAUUCGCUCUUCCGGCGAUUGCAAAUUCUCAAUAGCUGUGUGCAUUUGCACCAGCAGAGGAUCGCCCACAACACCGAUGAAUCGGAAGACGAAUGUUGCGCCCUCAGCGACAACUGGACGUACCAGACGGACAUACGAAGGUGGUCGCGGGCGUGCAAGAACCAACCUGAGCCGGAGAAGAACUCGCAAGAAAAAGACGAUGUUUUUGAGCAAUAUACCGAGAGUCCGCGAGAUAAGUUAAGGAGGGCCGGUUCGACAAAAUUCAGACGGAGGAGGAGAGAUGGCACUAUCUUCAGCGAAGGCGGUUCACCACAACUCGACAGACUCGACUCACUCACCCACCAAUUGGCUGACCUAAAAACAUGCGAACUGAAUCACGUCUCAGAUUCCGAAUGUACUCCGAAGCGCAAUCAAAGGACCAAGUCAUUCGAUAACACAGAUUCAUGGUUGACCUCACAGAUUUCAUCAGAUGACAGAGUUUUAUGGCACGCUUUGCCACAAGAAGAAGAACAAUCUCCUCAAAAAACAGUCAAUUUGGAAAACGGUGGUCCUUCUAUGUUCAGUCUCUCAUGUACACAAUUACAAGUCCUCCGGAAGUUAGCGCUUUUGAAACUUACGGCACACAUGGAAAAGCAUUGUCCGUCGCAUAGAACGGGCUGGAACUGGGAUUUACCGAAAUUUAUCCGCAAAAUGAAAACUCCCGCGUAUAAAGACAGGUCAAUUUUUGGCGUACCUCUCACUAUCAUGCUUCAAAGAACAGGUCAGUCGAUUCCUCGAAAUAUUGAAGAGGCGCUUCAGUGGCUACAUCAGAACGCGGCCGACCAUGUGGGACUCUUUCGUAAAUCGGGCGUCAAGUCACGUAUACAAAUAUUAAGAAAUAUGGUCGAUGCUACUACCGAAAUACUAAAUUACAAUGACCAACAAUCGUACGAUGUUGCCGAUAUGAUUAAGCAAUACUUUCGGGAACUACCGGAAACGCUUCUCACUAACAAACUAUCCGAAACAUUUAUUUUAAUUUUUCAAUACGUUCCGCCCUAUUUGCGCCGUGAGUCAGUACUCUGUGCUAUUUUAUUAAUGCCAGACGAACAUGUCGAAGUCCUCCAGUUUCUUUUACAUUUCUUAUUACAAAUCGCCGAACAUGCCACUACAAAUCAGAUGAAUGAAAGCAAUCUCGCUCUAUGUUUCGCCCCUUCGCUCUUUCAUUACUCCCAGAGUUCUUUUAAGCAAAACUUUGGCUCCCCUCAUCCGAAAGAACUCGCGGAGACUAGAGCAGGCCACGAUUGCUUGUUGUAUUUCCUCAAGAAUUACAAUGCACUAUUCAAGGUGCCAAAAGAAUUCGUAAACCAGUGCAAAACAAGUGAGUUCAGGGAAAGCAAAGCGGUGAAAUUAUCCGAACUGGGGAAAAACAUAGGCGGUUGGAGGGAGUAUCUUCAGGAGUGUCAGAUGGCGCUUUUGCGAGAAGUUAAAGAGCGAAAUAGGGGUUGGAUUGUUGUUUCGGGCCAUAAUCCGAGAGUCGAAGUAUCGUACAAAAAAGUGGCCGAUGGCCACCCGCUCCGCCUUUGGAAAGUUUCCGCAGAGGUUGAAGCGCCCCCCCUUGAGGUCUUACACAGGAUUAUACGCGAGAGGCAUUUGUGGGACCCUGAGUUACACUCGGCUAAGAUAGUGUCGCAAAUUGACAAAAACUGCGAAGUGUUCCAAUACGUCCGCCGCAAAAUCGUGCCGCUGCCGAAUGAGGAAUAUUGCGUUGUGCGGACGUGGAGGACCGAUCUCCCGAAAGACAGUUGCUUGGUUAUUGAGACUUCGGUUGAGCAUCAGGAUGCUGUCCCCAUUCCCAAUACUGUCAGGGGCAUUGUGUUGGCUUCCCGGUACCUCAUUGAACCUUGCGGCUCUGGACGCUCGAAAUUAUUGCAUUUGUCCCGUGUUGACUCAAUGGGAAAAACACCGGAAUGGUAUCAAAAAAAUUACGGACAUAUAUGUGCCCUCUUUGUUGCUAAUAUUGUAAGUUCGUUUUACCACGUCGCUGCAGGACCAGAAAGUAAAGUAUAAAACCAAAGAUGUACAUAAUAAUGUUGCUAAAUCUAAUUAUAUUUUUAUAUGAAGUAAUCAAUAUUAUUAUAUGAACAUGUUGCCGUUUUACAUUAUUUGUUAUGGACAGUAAUUAAGUAUCUAUGUUAUUUUAUUUUUUACUUAAUUUUUUAUUUUAUGAAACAUUCACAUUAGUUCGUUUUUCUAAUCACGUUACCGGGAAAGCUAUACACAAAUACAGUGGUGUCAUAUGGUUAGUUAGGUACAGUUGUGGUGCAAGGGUUUGACGUACUAUAGCUUUCAGUGUAAUAUAUUUAACAAUUUUAUGUCCAUUUGUGCAAGACCUACACUGGGUUCAAAUCGUAGUCAAAAUGAGACUGAAAAUAACUUGAAAAGUUCAGUAUACUUAAUCAUAAAAAAUUGCAAUAAAUGCUCAGUGUAGAACCUCAUAUUUUAAUUAAGUUACCAUAUUCAUGUUUAUUAAAUAUAAAUAUAUUAUUGCAUAUUUAUCAGCUGGAUGAGAACAGGCUUGUCAGUGUUUGUGCUAGUCAUAUAAAUUGUUUUUAAUCUUACUAGAUAAUACUUUUCCAUUAAUGGAGGCCAGUAUUGUAUUUUCCUAUUGUACUUCCAGAAUAACACAAACAUAUACUCUAAUGUGAUGUUUCCAUUUUGCCUAAGAAUAUAUAAUUACUGAAUGUUAUACAUGAAUAAAACAGGUUCACACUAAA